CUUGAGCAAGUCAACGUCAACUUCCGCUGAGGCUGCACACAGCGGUGUGAAGUUGUUUGCAGUUUAGAAUUUAGUGUAUUUUUUAGCGAUUGAAAUGGAUGUGGUUCUGUAUGUUGUAGCAGCGGUUAUUCUGCUCGUUCUGAUAGUGUUUGCCGUGAAAGUUCGUGGACGGACUGAAGAAGCAGCUGAUCGUGAGGAUCAUCAGAAUGUGGUGGUUCGAGCCGCAGCCCGUCCGCAGGCGGCAGAGGAGCGCCCCGCAGGAAUGCCUCGCCGCCGCAGAAACCUGCACAGCAGAGUGAAUGUCCAGCGUGCACAGCGGCUGUCAGACAACGAGGACAGUCCUGUGGAAGCCGAUGAGAAUCAGGAUGACAGGCAGCCGUCUGAAGAACGUCCUCAAGCCGCUGCUAAAGUCGGAGCAAAGAAACAGAAGAAGCUGGAGGAGAAACAAGCACGGAAAGCACAGAGAGAGGCCGAGCUGGAAGAGCGAGAGGAGAGAAGGAAGAUGCAGGAGCUCAGAGAUCAAGAGAGACAGAAAGAAGAGGAGAAGGAGAGACUGCAAGAGCAGAAACAGGAGGAGGAGUUACGGCGUGCCAAAGAGGAGCAGGAGAGAAAGGAGGAGGAGGAGUACCAGCGACUGAAGGAGUCUUUCGUGAUUGAGGAUCAGGGAGAGGCUGAGGAGCUCAACGAACAAGAGUCUCGCAACCUGCUGCAGGAGUUCAUCCAGUAUGUCAAGAACUCUAAAGUGGUUUUGCUGGAGGAUUUGGCAUCCCGCUUUGGCAUGCGUACACAGGAUGCUAUUGCCAGACUGCAGGACCUCAUAGCAGACGGCUCCCUGACAGGAGUGAUCGAUGACCGAGGGAAGUUUAUUUUCAUCACGCCGGAGGAGCUGAACGCUGUGGCUCAGUUCAUCAAGCAGAGAGGAAGAGUUUCCAUCUCAGAACUUGUUCAAGCUAGUAACACCCUCAUAAACCUCACACCUGAGAUCCAGAGCAGCACAUAAACCUCCAGGAUGAACACAAAAUGCUCAUUCCAUUGCAAGAACUUAAAUAAAGUGGGAUGCAUUGUAUUAUUUACAGUCUGUUAUGUCGGAAGCAGCAUACAGGGCUCAUUCCCUAUCUAAUUUCCCUUACGCCAUGCCAUCGGCAUCAUUUACGGUAGGUACGGCUGUGUUCGAUAUUGUCUCGACCACUUUAUGAAAUUGCUUGAGGCUGGUUUGUAAUACAGUGGAAUUGUUUCCAGUGGCAGAAAAGAAGAUUUUAUGUCAUUAUUAUUAUACACACACUUUAAACAGGGUUCCUUCAGUUGUGCCUUGUAUAAAAGUGGCUGCAAAAUGCAUAGACGUAAAUGAAAAUCUGGAACCAUUUGGACUUUUUUUCCUAAUUUAUUUUUCUAGUAAUGCUCAGAUCUACAAUAUUUCAUUAUAUAGAAAUACUCUUUGUCAAAGUAAUACGCUUAUUUGGUCAUCACAAACAACUGAAAAAGUCAUGAAUGUUUAUUGGUCAGAAACUGUGUUCAACACAUCCCUGUAAUUUCCUCUCACUGUUGAUUGCGUCAAAUAAAAAGGCAAAAGCUACAGUUUAUUUUAUUGUAGUGACAAUUUAAA